AGCAUAGGAAAAAGCUACAUACAGAAAUUCUUCAAGUACUGUAUCUACAAAAAUUUAUCCGAUGUUUCAGCUACAAAGUGCUUUCAAUUAACAAGAAAGUAACAUUUAAAGAACACUACAUGCGGACGUCAAAUAUUUCCCACCUUUUUUAGUGGCAUUCAAAUGUCAAAACGAUCAAACAGGCACCAGCCUGGUAUGUCUUGCAUUACCGGGAAACACGUUCAUUCUUGUUUGAUUGGUGUAGAAGUUAACGGCGCCUCUAUUAUUUUCUAUUUCAUUUUUGGUACGUAAAUUAAGCCACUAUUGCAGUUUCAAAGUUGUUUCUAACGUGACUUUUCGGUAGAGAAUAAUUGCAUCCCAACAACAUGCUUCGACUGAUGAUGGAAACGAUGACUGAAGGAGAAUAUUUGUUUGAUGAACUGUGGGAGAAAACCAUCAAACGAAGCAUAAUAGCAGAAGAAAUGCGCCAGCUUCCUAACGACCAGUUUUUAGAGUUUAUUAUUCCCAAAAUGGAGACUGUUCUGCGCAACUUUCCGUUUCGCGAGCGAUUGCGUUUGAGCACCGAUGUAAAAGACAAGGCGCAAGCCAUUGCCUUUCGUACGAAGGGAAACGAAUAUUUCCAUCCGACGCGUACUGAUCGACUUGGAGUUGCAACGAAAUAUUAUAAUCAUAGUAUCGCGCACGCUGAGAAAGGUUCGGAGGAAAGAGCGAUAGCCUACGCUAAUCGCUCGUUUGUUUGCCUUCAGUAUGAACGAUACGAGGAAUGUCUGGUGAAUAUUCGCUUGGCACGGGAGUCAAAUUGUCCGGAGCGACUCAUGGAAAAGCUAAAUAGACGAGAAGCUGCUGCUUUGGAUGGUUUAUUGAAACCACACACGGAUACUGGCAUUGAGAGGGAAGAUGUAGACGAGCUUAAAUUAAGCUACAACUCUCAUAAAAAUGUACCGCAAAUGGUCGAAUGUUUGGAGCUGCAUCGUAACGAAGAAUUCGGACGCCAUAUGGUGACCACUCGGAAGCUGAAAGCCGGAGAUAUCUUGAUGAUCGAGAAACCAUUUGCGACCAUGCUGUACGAUGACGCCAAACUUACGCGAUGUGCUCACUGUCACGAUAUCAAGCCACUUAUUCUUAUUCCUUGUGAAGGCUGUACCAUGGCCAUGUACUGCUCCGAGGAGUGUUUAAGCAAAGCGCACGGACAAUAUCAUCGUUAUGAGUGUGCAAUGCUUAAAGAUUUGUGGCGAAUUUGUGGUAAUAAGGACAUGGGAGGUAUGGCAGGAAUACGAACAGUUGCAACUGCAAUUGCGCUUUUUGAUCAUGAUUUGGAUGAAAUGAAGGAUCACCUGAACGGUCUGGACGAAUCGAAGGUGAAUGCAUUUACGAUGGAUUGGAGAACGGCUACGCCUAAGGAUGUAUACGACACGGUGCAUGUGCUGUCCACCAAUCAAGCACUCCGUAGUCGUAAAGAGCAAGCAAUGCAAAUUUUCUUUGCCACCAUCAUUCACCAGCUGAUGCUGGAUCGCACCGAACUGGGAGAAAUCUGCGCAACAAAUGCUGAAAACCGCAAGCUGUUGUUCGAUUUAAUUCUACGUCAUUGGCAAAUUUCUCAGGUCAACAGCAUUUCAUUGACUAAUUUGCAAUCGUAUGGAAGCCAGAUCGUCGGGGAAACGCAUGUGGUGGCAUUUUUACCCUUAAUAAGCAUGUUGAAUCAUUCCUGCGUACCGAAUGUGUCGCGAGUUACUCUCUGUGAUGGACGCUGUGCUGUAGUAGCCAUCAGACCGAUCGCAGCAGGGGAGCAGCUUUUCGAUUCCUAUGACUUAAGUGCAAACGAAUGCAUUACAGGCGAUAGAUUGCACUGCUUAAAGACAUAUUACCAAUUUACCUGUCGGUGCGACGCAUGUGAGUUAGAAAUAGAUGAAGCCUACGCAAACCAUGAAGAUACAGAAGUUACGCUAAUUGCUGAAAGGAUGAAAAAAGCCUCAAACAGUGUACCGUUGCUGACAUCGCACUUGAAUGCAGUCGGGCGACAUUUUCCAUCAUAUAGGUUAACCGAUCCUCAGCGAAUGCUAUGGCAUGGUUUGUUAUUACUCCACGGUACUUUAAUUGUGGAUAUUUUGCCCGUUUCCUUUAAAAAAGUUUGAAACUUACGAAUCAUUCAGAGAUAAGCGAUACGUAACGAAGGUUCUUAGUUUUCAUUUAUUCGGGCUAUGUUUUAUGUUUUCCUUAUUAAAGGUUUAUAAUUAUCAAUCAAUGCCAAACACUUUAGCCCUUUAAAACUCAAAACAAUAUUGUACGCAAAGGUACUUAUGCACUUAACAUUGGGACUUACAGUAGAAAACACACGUUAUCUCAUUUAUUGUUAAAUGUUCAUCAUUAAUCAAUUAAAUCAUUAAACUGAAAUAAAUCUGUUUCUUCUACUUUGUUCGAAAUGUGCAGUGUUUUCUUUUGUUUAAAAAAACAAUCAGGACUAAAUUAUUAUAAUGGGAAGAAACUUAU